GACCAUUGUGUUCCCAACAAAGCUCCUGCGACGGAACCUAGCUGCAGCCUUCUGAACCAGGUGAAGUUUCUGAAAACCAACACGAGGCUUGUGAAGCGAAUACCCAAAGGGGCACGUAGAGCGGUUACUACAGCUUUUACACGCGUAGUUUCUCGAUGUGUUACAGAGAACUCGGUAAAGUCCUGGGAAGAUCUUUUGAUUUUGCAUAUUUUGUUUUUCGUUUACCAGGUAAAGCUAAGAACGAUCGCACUCAUUCUUUAGCGUCAGUGAUUAAGUCUAACGUUGUUAAUUUUGAGUCUGGUGCAAGAGAAAUUCCCGUUGCGCCUCUGAAAUCAUUACGGCCUUUUGAUCUACAGAAAUUUGUCCAGGGUAAAAUUCAAAAUGGCGACGUUUCUGGUGCGGUGCGCGUCCUUUGUUCCGAAGACGCCUUGGCACCGCGCACCGCGGCCACUUUCGCAGAACUACAGAAAAAACAUCCGGGUGUUAACCCGGAUGCUCGUUACCCUGCAUCGUCAUCAGCUAAAGGCGACGCCAUUAGCCGUGUUACACAAAAAGAAAUUUUCGAUACAGUCACUAGUUUCCCAAACGAUUCUGCCGGGGGGCUUGACGGGCUUCGGCCUCAGCAUUUGAAGGACAUGAUUAGCGAUACUACCAAUGACAGUUCUUCGCUAUUGUGUGAACAGCUAGCAUUGUUAGCAGACAUUAUGCUUUCCGGCCGGGUGCCUAAUGAUAUUUUGCCGAUACUUUACGGGGCAAACUUAACUGCAUUAAAUAAGAAAGGGGGUGGUAUAAGACCAAUAGCAGUUGGUAGCACGUUACGUCGUAUCGUGGCGAAAAUUGUGGUUAAGCGAGUACAGCAACCGAUGGGAAAGCUUAGGCCAAAGCAAUUGGGUUUCGGUACUCCCGGCGGUUGUGAGGCAGUUGUACAUGCAGCCAGGCGGUUUCUCAAUACGGUUUCAGACGAAGUGCAAGUGGUCGUUAAAUUUGAUUUUCGAAACGCGUUCAACACUGUCCAUCGCGAUAAAAUGUUGCAUUGUGUACAGUCAGAGCUACCAGAAUACGCACAAUUUAUCAGCCAAUGUUACCGAAAUCCCAGCAGUCUACUUUUGACCAAUGGGACAUGUUGUCCCAAG